AGGCAAGGUACCUUGGACACCAAGAGGUACAUCCGAAAUCCUAGGGACGAAUGAUGCGCAGAUGGGAGAACUGCAACUACACCUCAGGUACCUACCUACUCACCAUUCUCAUCAUCGUGUUCCUAAUCCUCCAUGGAGUUGAAGGAUGUACCCAAUGCAGAGAGCAAUCAAUCAAACAGAUGCUGCCUUUAUAUCUUUUUCAAAAGUCUCUGACAAUGAUUUUUGGCAGAAUGAAAUUGACCAUUCCCAAGGACAGAGUCUCGCUCUGUUAUUUUUUUUCCUCAUCUCUCCCACACAAUUAAGGUAGCCUCACCUUGCCACUCCACGACGGGGGCGCAAAAGUAACCGUAGAAGCAGCUAGAUUAGAACUGGCAGAAAAAAACAAAGGAGAAAAACCGCAG